UUAUGUCCAACACCAGGAAGUUCCGGGGGCUUUGACUGGACAUUGUUGCAGAGAGGUGGUGUUUAACUAAAACACCAAAAAUCCUCCACAACCAGCAGUUGAUUUGUAAACAGCCAAACCUGAACCACCUCGUCUUCUACCCUUCUUAUAUACAUCUAUGCUUUCACCAGAACUACAGAAAAACAGAAAGAAGAAACAUUAAGGUGCUGGCAAAACAAUGGGGAUCACUAAACUGGCAGAUUUGAUCCGCUCAGGUGCUCCAGGUGCUAUUUCUCAUAAGGAUAUCAGUGACUACACAGGAAAAGUAAUUGCACUGGAUACCUCCAUUGUUAUGAACCAGUUCCGUGCAGCGACGCCUUCCCUAAGCCCUCUGACAGGCCUCUUCUUCCGCACGCUCACCUUUCUGGAACAUGACAUAAAGCCAGUCUUUGUGUUCGACGGAAAGCCUCCCAGGGAAAAGACAGCUGUUCUUGAGAAGCGAGCUGAGGCAGCUGGUUGGAGCUCCCCCAGCUGCACCGGCACAGCAUCAUCCCUGACCAAAGAUUGUCUCCAGCUUCUGAAGCUUCUGGGUGUACCAGUCAUCCAGGCUCCAGGGGAUGCUGAGGCACGGUGCGCCCAUCUGGUGAGAGAGGGGACUGUGGACGCUGUGGCAUCAGAGGACAUGGACACACUGCCGUUUGGAGAUAUUCUCAUUCGCCAGCUGAAUGCCAAGAAGGACAGUGAAGUCAUUGAAUAUUCUUUGCCCAAGCUGUUAGAGAAGCUCCAAAUUAGUCACAAGGAGUUUGUUGAUCUGUGUAUUUUAUUGGGCUGUGACUACUGUGACAAGAUAACUGGUCUGGGUCCUAAGAGAGCUCUGACACUGAUCCAGAAGCAUCGUACUAUUGAGAAUGUGGUUUUGCACAUCAACAGAAAGACCCAUCCUGUGCCACAUUUCUGGAAGUACGAAGAAGCCCGGAAGAUAUUCUUGGAUGCACCACAAACAGUAGCUCCUGAACUCACCUGGACUGAGCCAGAUGAAGAAGCCUUGGUUCGGUUCCUCUGUUACGUCAAACGCGUUAAGGAGGACAGGGUCCGUCGUCGAAUGGGGAAGUACCGUCAGAUGCGGGAAAGUAACCGGGAGGACAGGGAAAAGGAGAGGGCAGCAGGGCGCAGCAGGCAGUCUCGCAUGGAGGACUUCUUUAGAGUUACCAGAAAGAGGGAUCAGCCUGUGGAAGCUGCAGACUCUUUAAGCAGCAACAGAAAGAGACCAAAGUCGAAAUAAGGCCACCACCAUCUGCUGCUUGCUGCCUCCACCAU